CGCGACACGACGAGGCCGACACCGAGUAUGCCCUUCCACUCGCUCUCGUUCUUGUCGUUCUUUCUGGUCUCGCCAUUACGUGGCGCAUAAGCUACGCGAUCAGUCAUGUGAAGCCAUCUCUUAGGACCGUCGUCGUGUUUGUCCUGGGAGAUGUUGGACGGAGUCCGAGGAUGAUGUAUCAUGCCGAAAGCUUCGCCAAGAACGAGUUCGACACCUAUGUCGUCGGGUAUAGAGGCUCGAAACCGGUCGCAUCGCUCACAUCUCUCCCUCAUGUGCACCUUACUUGGCUUCAUGAGCCUCCCCGCAUCCUUUCCAUGUUGCCCUUUAUCCUUGGAGGGCCUCUAAAAGUUGUUCACCAAGUCCUUUCCAUACUUACUGUGUUGCUGCUUGAAAUUGAGAAACCACCCGAAUUCAUCAUUGUUCAGAAUCCGCCAAGCAUCCCAACCCUUCCCCUCCUGUAUCUUGUCUCCCUGCUACGCGGAAGCAAGCUCAUCAUCGACUGGCAUAACCUUGGAUACACCAUCCUCGCUCUAAAGCUCAAGGUCACGCAUCCCUUGGUUAAGGUCGCGAAAUGGAUUGAAGCAACGUUUGGAAGAAGAGCAUACGCGCACCUCUUCGUCACUGAUGCUAUGCGCGAGCAUCUUGAACGCGAAUGGGGACUAAUCGGACAAAAGGUUGUUUUACACGACCGACCUCCGUCUCAUUUCAGAAGAGCUUCCCCUCAGGAGAUUCAUGGGCUCUUUCUUCGCCUUACGCCUUUGUUGACCGCCUCAAAUCGUUCAGCUAUGGAUGCAUUUCUACCAAGCUACUCUGCUCCGCUUUCGACUCCCCUCACAGAAGCGACGAUAACUAGCGCAGACCAAACAGAUGACUCGUCCCCACCAAAUAAACCAGCUGCCGCACCUGGGCCAUAUUCUCGUGUGGGGAUGCCCUCGAUGCGCUCUGAUCGACCAGCUUUGGUUGUAUCUAGUACAUCGUGGACACCUGACGAAGACUUUGGGAUCUUGUUGGAAGCGUUGCAGACGUAUGAGCAGCGAGCGAGACAAGCAGCCGGAGGUUUACCUCGCCUGUGGGUGCUUAUAACUGGAAAGGGUCCGUUACGCGGCUCGUACAUGAGUCAAGUUGGGAAGCUUCAAGAAGAGUGGAGGUAUGUUCGCUGUGCAAGCGUUUGGUUGGAGGCAGAGGACUACCCAGUUUUGCUUGGUUCUGCUGAUUUUGGAGUGUGCCUGCACUCAAGUUCUUCGGCCCUUGACCUGCCUAUGAAAGUUGUCGAUAUGUUUGGUUGCGGGCUUCCUGUUUGUGCUUUGGAUUUCAAGUGCUUACCGGAACUCGUUCAGCAUGGUAAAAACGGUCUCGUGUUCAAAAACGCGGAUGAGCUUGCGAAGCAAAUGGAGGACCUAUUAGCGGGAUUCCCUACAUCCUCGUCAAUCGACGCAUUACGUGCUGGAUUAUCCCGUCCCCCGGAGAGUCUGAAUGAGGGAGACGAUCACCCGUUAGCUGAGGGCACCUGGUGGACAUGGGCCCAGAAUUGGAAUCGGGUUGUCAGACCAUUAGUCUUGAGUGACGUGACUCGUGGAGGUGUAUUGGCCGACGUGGUCGGCUAGAAGUAGGGACCAUAUAGCUUCUAGCACGCAUGACAUCACUUGAUCACACCACAUCAUUGUACAGUCAAAAGUUGUGACAACAAUAUAUACCCAAGCCGAUACCACAAUAAAAACAGUUUACAUCUAUCAUUCUUCGUCAUGAACAAGGUUAAAGCAGGAAUGCGGCGGCUCCCGUAAUAGCGACCAACGCCGACCACCGGCCAUCUACAACGAGGCUCACUGCACCGCCGGUGCUGCUCUGCGACGCGGUCAGGUUGAUCGGACCAGGGGCAGAGCUCGCGUUGAGGUUCAUGUUCGUCCCGGCGCCGACGAACGUCGGUCCACCACCGGCGCCGACAGCGCUGGUGUUGGGGGCAAUCCACGGAGUGUAGUACUCGGGGUUGAGUGGGCCCGGGACAGUCAAGGUCGUGUUGAGCCAAGGGAUGGCGUCGCCAGUCAGGUUGACGUUGGUAUAGUUCGUCAUCUCGGCAACAAACUGGAAGACGUCUAUAGGAGGAGAAUUAUCAGUGAAUGAUACUCUGAUAUCAGGUUCGGUGAACCGCGACUAACUGGAGACGGUCUUGUUGGUGUCCUGACGGCCAAGGUUACCCAGACCCCAGUUGGCUUGAACCGUAGAGAGGCUAUACAAGGUUGUCAUAUAAAAAGAGAAGGUUAGAAAAGUUGUGUGUAGCUUACGUAGAAU